CACAGGAUGAAGACCAGCUCAGCUUUUCAGCCGUUGAUCUUUGUCUAUUGUUCUCCAAACAGUAAACCACUAUUUCCACACCGACAGAUUGCAGGCUGCAGUUCUGUCCGAGUCCUGGGCUCCUCAUGAAUAUGAACUGAAGGGCUCUGACCCAGAAAGUGGUUCUGAGCAGGGUAACAUGGGGUCUUGGAAAUGUGGAAGCUGCCUGAGUAGUCUGCUGAUUCCUCUUGCACUUUGGAGUAUAAUUGUAAACGUAUUAUUGUAUUUCCCCAAUGGGCAAGUUUCCUAUGCAUCCAGCAAUAAACUCACCAACUACGUCUGGUAUUUUGAAGGAAUCUGUUUCUCAGGUAUUAUGAUGCUUAUAGUAGCAGCAAUUCUUCUUGUACUGGAGAAUGAUAACAACUAUAAAUGUUGCCAGAGUGAAAACUGCAGCAAAAGAUACAUGACACUGCUGUCGAUGAUCUUUUCUGCCCUUGGAAUCGCUUUCUCUGGAUACUGCCUGGUCAUCUCUGCUUUGGGCCUGAUUCAGGGCCCUUACUGCCGUACCCUUGAAGGCUGGGAGUAUGCCUUUGAAGGCACUGCAGGACGUUUCCUUACAGAUUCUAGCGUAUGGAUUCAGUGCCUGGAACCAGCACAUGUAGUGGAGUGGAACAUCAUCUUAUUUUCUAUUCUCAUAGCUCUCAGUGGGCUUCAAGUGAUGGUCUGCCUCAUCAGAGUAGGCAUUCAGUUGUCCAAGAUACUGUGUGGAACCUAUUCAGUCAUCAUCCAGCCUGGAAUCAUUUGAAUAAGAACAAGAAUGUUUUUCUUUAUCAAGAUAUUGUCAUCUACCUAUGUCUAUUGUUUGGACUUGAGGGCCAUAUUCAGAUGAUGGCUUUUUUCUCCAGUUGGCGUUUAUUCUCCUCAUUGGAAGUGCCUUCCACUUAGAAUUUUUUUCUAAGCUAUAUGUGUCAGGAUCUUCAGAAAUAUUCAUACUCUUUUAUCAAAUAAAUCCAAUUUCUAUAACCUAUACUAUGAAAAUAAAUAAGCAUACAGAUAAAGCUUUAUGCAACUACAUAUAUUUGAAAAUUAUUUAACAUUCUGGAAAAUUAGAAAUACCCAGAAAGUCUUACUUUAGGGGAAGGAUUAAAUAAAACAUGGUACAUUAGUUGUAA